AUGGAAUUUCCAGUAUUUGCUAAAGCAAUCCAAAAAUGCGAUACUGUUUUGAAACCUUAUGAUGUAUUUGUCACAGAUAUUUUAAUAAAUAAAGACAAAUAUAUUCUCGAUAACGUAAUCAACUUAUUUGUAGGCCUUAUUGGAUUACAGAUCGGAAUAGUUGAUCUCUUAAUAAGUAUUGGUAUCACUCCUGAUAUUAUAAUGGGUCAUUCUAUUGGUGAAUUGGUUUGUGGAUAUGCCGAUGGAUGUUUGACGGCCGAAGAAACUAUCAUGAUGGCUUAUUAUUAUUUUCAGAAGCUGUGCGUUUUAUUCCAAACGACGCGGUGACGAUUGAGAUAGCGCCGCAUGACAUUCUACAAUACAUUCUUAACGAUUCAUUAAAGGCAACUGUGACAAAUGUCGCGUUAUACAAAUUCUCUCACAAAUCCAACGUUGAAAUA